AUGCACAGACGCUCGUCUGGCUCGCCUUCCCUGGACGACGCCGAAGACCCCUUGGUUUCCCGCACCAGUGAACCCAACCAUGGCCCUGGCCCUGACCUUCCAGAGAAGCCGCGCCCUGAGGUAGCUAGAACCGGGACCAGCAUCGACCUCCGUCGAGACGCCAGCGGACAUUCUACCCCCCGUUCGAGAAAUUCAAGCACGUGGAGGACCAUAUCUUCUUCGUCCACCGCGACCUGGACACCCCACGACUCCCGAUACUCGCCAGCAAUGCCCCUAACGCCGCAGCGCCUCUCUAUCGAGGCGUCGCCCGACUCACCCAAUCGGUCACGCCUUUCGCGUCUUCGCAGCCCUUGGACAUGUUCUAUUUUGACGGCGCUUACUACGAUCCUCGCUUGCUUCUUCCUCUUCUCGAUAUUCCGUUCAUUCUCCGCGCUUCAGACUGGUAGCGAUGGCUGUGGGGUACCGGUGAUGAGUCCGACCUUUCUCCGCAUGGUGGGAUUUGACACCGAGCACACGCGGUUUGCCAGCAAAUAUAAUCUCUUUCUAUAUAGGGAGGAAGGCGUGGAUCCCUACAACCAGGAGAACUUGGGGUUGAAAGGCGCACCCGUUCUGUUCCUACCCGGAAACGCAGGAAGCUACCGCCAGGUCCGAUCGCUAGCUGCCGAAGCCUCGAGACACUAUGCCCAAGUGAUCCAGCACGACCAGGAACGAUUGAAGACCGGAACGCGGAGCUUGGACUUCUUCAUGAUCGACUUCAAUGAGGAUAUGGCAGCCUUUCAUGGACAGACGCUGCUUGAUCAGGCGGAAUACGUGAAUGAAGCCGUAUCUUAUAUACUGUCGUUAUACCAUGACCCCCGGCGAACACGACGAGAUUCGGAUCUCCCGGACCCCAGCUCCGUAAUACUUAUUGGACACUCGAUGGGAGGGAUUGUCGCACGUACGUCGUUGACAAUGGCAAACUACCAGGAGAAUUCGGUAAACACGAUCAUCACUAUGUCGGCACCCCAUGCUAAGGCGCCGGUCUCCUUCGAUUCGGACAUUGUCCAUACCUACAAGCAGAUAAACGAUUACUGGCGCGAGGCGUACUCGCAAACCUGGGCCAACAACAACCCUUUGUGGCACGUAACACUGAUCUCCAUUGCCGGUGGCUCUCGGGAUACCGUUGUCCCCUCAGAUUAUGCCAGCAUUUCGUCCCUGGUUCCGGAAACACACGGCUUCACCGUAUUCUCAUCGACGAUCCCUAAUGUAUGGAUUGGAGUGGACCAUCUUUCUAUUACAUGGUGUGACCAGUUCCGCAAGGCCAUUAUAAAGUCUCUAUUCGAGGUCGUUGAUGUUCGGCGAGCCAGCCAGACUAAGCCCAGAGCGGAGCGGAUGCGAGUUUUCAAGAAAUGGUACCUGACUGGAUUGGAGCAGGUAUCAGAGAGGAUGCUCGCACGAAAUGAGCCGAGUACGUUAUUAACAUUGGAAGAUCACACGAAUACAAUCCUAGCGCAAGGCCAGCGGCUUGUGCUUCGCGAACUUGGCCACCACACGGGCCCUAAUGUACACAUGCUGCCUGUACCCCCGCAAGGAGUUUCUGGCAAGAAAUUCACUCUACUCACUGAUCAGCGCUUGGACAGAACAGGGGAACAAGGCAGUCUGGAGGUUCUAUUCUGCAGCGUGUUUCCUCUACACAAUGGGAAAGCCUCUACUGUGUUUGCAAUGAACAUGGAUCUGUCAGACAGCAGCGGCUCAACGCGUCUUGCAUGCAAGAACGCUGCAGACGACGAAAUCCACCUUCCUGCAUCGACCCGCACUUCCAAGAAUGCCUAUGAUCGUGUCAGGCCGUUUUCUUACCUGCAAUAUGACCUGGAAGACCUUUCAGAGCAUCAGUUUGUGGCAGUCGUCGAUAAGGCCCGUGCACCCACGAAAGGUUGGGUCAUUGCGGAGUUUUCAGAUAGCUCUGAUGCCAUGAUCAAAGCUCGGAUAGGCUUAGGUGGACUUCUGAGCGCAGGAUUGAAAGUUCGCUUACCGGCCAACCGACCGAUGCUCACCGAGGUGAAGAUUCCUGCUUUAUACUCGAGCUUAUUGGACUAUAAACUCCGUGUCGUCCGCCACCACAAUACGGGCGACUCGCAAGAACUCUUUUCUCCCCUUCUGCGCCAGUCGAUUCCGGAUCCACAUGAGUCGAAGUUUUUCGUCAACGUUGACCAGGUUAACGUGAACUUGCACGGACUCGCGCCAUACAUGCCCCCUCCCCUCCGGCAAACAAGUCAAAAUGGGGUUUCGUUUCAGCUAUGGACUGAUCCAACAUCCGAUUCUACGGUUGACAUUACUUUGACGGUUGAUGUCCUUAGCAGCUUGGGCGAGCUAGUGAUGCGGUACAGGACGGUAUUUGCUGCAUUUCCUUUACUUGUGGUUGCUCUCGCGUUACGCAAACAGUUCCAAGUGUACGACGAGAGUGGCUUCUUUAUCACCUUUGCCGAGGGUCUAGACAGUGCGUUGCGUUCGUCCAUGCCGGUUUUGCUACUGGCGAUGUCACUACUUGCAUCUUCUCUCGCCACUUCUACCGCCCUUCCGACUGGAGACGACCCUUUCCACUGGGCAACAAAUGCAACUGAGACACCUAUCGACUUCACGAAAAAUGACCUUCUUCUUGGGUCCCAGGAUGCAUUUUUCUGGUUCUUAGUGCCGCUAUUUGGCCUUAUCUCCGUUGGAGUUUGUGUUAUGCUCAACUACGUUUCUCUCGUUCUCCUCCAAAUAUUCUCUUUCGUAUAUGGCAUUUGGAACAGCAAGUAUGGCUAUAUCAGACGUGAUGACAAGGGAUAUCUUCCCGUCUUUCCUGCGCCGAGUCCUAGACGGCGGUUGAUUAAGAUGGGUGUUCUAUUGGUUCUCGUAUCCACAGCGAUACCGUACCAGUUUGCCUAUCUGGUGGCUUGCAUCGUGCAACUGGCAACUUGUGUGCGUGCUCAGUGGCAUGCCAAAGAGACCAGAUCGACGGCCCAUUAUAACUUCGCCAACUACGCACACUCAAUAUUCAUUCUAAUGCUUUGGGUUCUCCCAAUUAAUAUACUUGUUCUUCUUGUUUGGGCGCAUAACCUGGUUGUGCACUGGUUUAUGCCGUUUUCAUCGCAUCACAACGUGUUGUCCAUAAUGCCCUUUAUUAUUCUUGUGGAGACCAUGACUACUGGCUCAAUGGUCCCCAGGGUCAGCGCACGCUUAAAACACAUCACCUCCAUUCUCUUUUUCAGCAUUGCGGUUUACUCAGCGGUAUAUGGAGUCUCCUACGCCUACCUAUUACAUCAUCUAGUCAACGUGCUUGCUGCCUGGCUCGUCAGCAUCUACCUCUUCCGCAGUGGCUUCUCGUUCGGGCGGUUUUGGAAGAUGGUGGAAGGAGACGAGACAUCCUACACGUCUGAACCAGGAAGCUACACGAAGAAAAAGCCAUGA